GUUUCUGACAUUCCGUUCGAUCUCCGGCAUGUGUUUACAGUAAAAUCGCUAAUUUUAUUCGACCGAAUCGCGUAACAUUUUGUUUCUAUUUCACCCACAAAAUGUUGCGGUUACUAGGACAAAACUUCGCCAAGGUUUUGAGCCCACCUGUGCAGCAGAUCGGCUGCCUUUCGACGCAACCGCAACCGCUGCAGCCACUAGCAGUAAGUCCAUUGCGUGUUCCGCGCUCGGUUUGGAUCGAAAAUCUCGACACCAUUGAGGAACAAAAGCUAGGAAUCGCGGAACUAAGCUGCGAAGUUUUCGGAGCUACCCCACGAAUCGAUAUCGUUCAUCAGAACGUCCACUGGCAGCGGAUGUACCGAUUCGUUAGUUUUUCACACUCAAAAACACGUAACGAAGUGCGAGGAGGAGGUCGCAAACCGUGGGCUCAGAAGGGUUUGGGUCGAGCCCGACACGGUUCAAUUCGGUCACCGCUGUGGCGGGGCGGUGGCAUUGCGCACGGACCACGCUCACCAACGACACACUUUUACAUGCUGCCGUUCUUUACCCGUGUGUUGGGUUUGGUUUCGACACUGUCCAUUAAACUUGCCCAAGAUGAUUUACACAUCGUGAAAGAUUUGGAAAUUCCCACUGAUGAUCCGCAGUACCUGCGGGAUUUGGUACAAGAACGUGUAUGGGGACCUUCGGUGCUGUUCAUCGAUAGCAGUGACAUCAUGCCACGAAACAUUACUGCCGGGGUGGACGCUAUUGAUCACAUCAAUCUUAUGCCGGUUUACGGCCUGAAUGUCUACUCGAUGCUAAAACACAACACCUUAGUGCUAACGGAAAGCGCUGCAAGGGACAUUGAAACCAAGUUAAGCGAACAGUUGCAUCGAAAUGAUUCUCGCGCUUUAAUGAAGAAAUUUUUAGUGGACCGGUAAACGGUAAAGUAACAAAGGUAGUAAAAUUUCUUAAAUGGAA